UAUAUUUGGGCCUAAAAAUAAAUGAAAAAGACUAAUAAACUUUGUGAAUGUGGUUUAGCUAAGGAAUUUUUGAGAUGUUCCUUACCUGCCAGGUGGCACGAGCUCUCCGUCUCAUCGCGUUUCAGUCCAUCUUCUCCGGCUCGAGCUCUCUCUUCUCCGACGCCGACCACGAGCUCUCUCGUCUCCUCCGAUUUGGGUUUCAUCGAAAGCGUUUCAAUCCAUCUCCACUUUCUCGUCUUCAUCAUCUCAGCCUCUCAAAGAGUCUCUCCAUCGAUCGAUCUCUCAGACUCUCUCAUCUCCUCCGAUUUGGGUUUCAAACACUCUCAUCUCUCUCAGAGUUUCUCUCGACGACCCACUCUCUCAGACCCUCUCGACGACCCACUCUCAUCUCUCUCAGAGUCUCUUCACUGCGAAGACGUUUUACAAACUGAUAAAAAGCUGGGCAUCUAAGAAGUUCAUGACUGGAUGGUAAGGCCAACCGUAAGGGCAACUGUUUUUUUCAUUUCUUUCUUGCUUGCUUAAUGUAAUUCCCACAAGUUCUGACUUCUAGAUUCGUUUUUCCAGUGUUAUCCUGCUUCCAAUGGCCAUCACUUUCUAUGUGACAGGGUGGUUUAUUCAUUUUGUUGAUGGGUUCUUCUCCCCAUAUGAUAGUUUAGCUGUAUCCUGUAUUCCUGUAAAAUCUUUUCUAGGGCCAAUGUAGUGGUGGUGCCUGUAUUUCUAUUAGCUCGGCCUCUCCCUCUAGUUUAGAGCACAUCAAUUACACAUGCGAAGGCGUUUGUGGUCUCAUGCAAUCACUGUUGUUUUUAAAUUGCUUUAAGUAAAUGAUUGUGGUAGGAUUAUAAUCUUUCUUUUAUUUGUGUCUUGAAGUUGUUGUCAUUGUAUCAAUAUCUAAUGAAUGGUUUAUGAA